AUGAGGAGUUGGAUCCAUGCUGAGCUCCCAGGGCCUGGCACUGCCAAAGGUGCUGGUGGUGGGCACAGGGGGAACGGGACCCCCAGCUCUGUGCCAGCCUCACAUCCCUCCUGCCCUGCCAGGGGAGCCACCUCAGUGGUGUUCAGCUGCCAGGAGAAGGGCACGGGAGCUCCCUAUGCUGCCAAGAUCCUGAAGAAAACGAUCGACAAAAAGAUCGUGAGGACGGAGAUCGGGGUCCUGCUGCGGCUCUCGCACCCCAACAUCAUCAAGCUGAAGGAGAUUUUCGAGACGCCCUCGGAGAUCGCUCUGGUGCUGGAGCUGGUGACCGGGGGAGAACUCUUCGACAGGAUCGUGGAGAGGGGAUUCUACAGCGAGCGGGACGCGGCACACGUGGUCAAACAGAUCCUGGAGGCAGUUUCGUAUUUGCACGAGAAUGGAGUCGUGCACCGGGACCUGAAACCGGAGAAUUUGCUCUAUGCAGACCUGUCCCCUGAUGCACCCCUCAAAAUUGGUGACUUUGGGCUCUCCAAGAUCGUGGAUGAGCAGGACACCAUGAAAACCGUGUGUGGGACACCGGGGUACUGCGCUCCCGAAAUCCUGCACGGGUGUCCCUACGGACCUGAGGUGGACAUGUGGAGCGUGGGGGUCAUCACCUACAUCCUGCUCUGUGGUUUCGAGCCCUUCUUUGACCCCCGGGGGGAUCAGUUCAUGUACGGCCGCAUCCUCACCUGUGACUACGAGUUCGUGUCCCCCUGGUGGGACGAGGUGUCCCCAAACGCCAAGGAUCUGGUGAGGAAGUUGAUUGUCCUGGAGCCCCAGAAGAGGCUGACGGUUCAUCAGGCCCUGGAGCACCCCUGGGUCACCGGGAAGGCGGCGAAGUUCGCUCACAUGGACAGCACCCAAAGGAAACUGCAGGAGUUCAACGCCAGGAGGAAGCUGAAGGCUGCCAUGAAAGCCGUGGUGGCCUCCGGCCGCUUGGGCAACCACGGCCACCACGACUGCUCCCGCGGCGGCCGUGGCCAGGGGGGACCCCGGGGCUUGGCCCAGCCCGGGGACACCGGCGGCACCGAGGCUGGAACGGAGCUCGCCGUGUUCCAGAGCGAGCACCCCGGUGUGGCCCCGCCCGCGGUGGCCCUGGUGGCCCCGGUGGCCCCGGUGGCCGUGCCAGGCUCUGGAUGUGACAGCUAACGGGUCCGGGACGGUGCCACCACCGAGCCUUGACCCCGAGAGCCCCGAGCCUUGGUCUGGGCUCUGGAACAUCCUCGUGUCGUGUCCUGUCACCCCCUCCCCGGUCGCUGUCCCUGUCACCUGAGGGGUCGAGGUGGUGACUUUGCCUUCCCACCCUGCGGCACUUUGGGCUGCCGUGGCUCGGAAAGAUCCCGAAAAACGAGGAGCAAACAGCAGAACUAAGGAUGAUUUCUCCCAGCUUUCCCUGCAAAGGCAGCGAGUUGUCUUUGAGGGGUUCCUGUAAAUAAUCCUGAAGGUUUUUGUCUUUUUUUUUUUUUUUUUUUUUUUUUUUUGGAUUUUGCUGCUAUCUCCAGCACUGUCACCAGCACAGCUGUGGAGUUGCUGUUGUUGUCAGGAGGGGUUUUAGGAGCCUUUUACACCGAAUGUUUGAUCCUCUCUGGAGAACAGCCCGGUCCAGAGCUUCCCUUGUCUUUGCCAGGCAGCAGCUGAGCCUUGGGUUGUGAUUUUUUUUGGGGGUGUGUUCCCCACCCUCAACCUUGCUGUGCAUCUCUGGUGGUUGUGGGGUGGCCACUGGCCUGGGAAUGCUGGUCCAGCCUCCCCUUGGUGUUCCAGGUCAGGAUUGACACAAUUUUAACACAAGAAUUUACACAAUUCUUCAAUAUUGUGAGAUUUUGCCACGUAGCUGCUGUUCCCUCAGGGAAGACAAUGAGUUUCCACCUUUUAAUUUUUUUUUCCAUAAAAUCAGCAGACAAACUUAUUGAAAAUGUGGGGGGGCAGGGGUUGUUUGUUUGUUUUUUGUUUGCUUGGGGUUUUAUGUUUUUUUUUUUUUUUUAAGGUAGGAAAUAGGAUAAGCAUUUGCAGAUUUUAAUAAACAGCAAGUGACUGGACAGGAAAAGCCAUAUUCCAUGUGGGAAUUACAGAGGUGGGAUCCUGCCCAGGUUUGAAUCCUAAGGCAGUGACCGUGACCUGCACACCCACAUGUUGGGCUUAGAAUGGUGUUUUCAGGGUAAAAAUCCCACCUGGAGGAGAAUAAAUUAAUACAGGAAGUUAAUACCCCCAGGAUGGGGGUGCAGAAUUGAGCAGCUGGGGUGAGAAGGGAAAAAAAAAAAUCAACCAAAAUUGGAGGUUUUGCCAAAUGUGAGACAGCAGUGACGGACUUGAGGGUGACAGAGCAGGGUCAGGAGGCCGAGCUCAGAGCAGGGGGAGGAAAAAGGAUUUUGGGUUUAUCUCCAGCAAUCAAAACAGCUCCAAGUCAGGAUCCACCCCAGAGCUCAGCGAGGUUUGGGGAGGCAGAGACAGAGAAAUGGGGUGUUCAAGAGGGAGUUUUAAUUGGGAAAAAUAUCAUGGCUUGAGCAGAGCUGAGCUUUUUAAAACCUGAGUUUCUCUUUAGUGGGGAAGAAUCUGCCCAGUGGAGUGUCCCAGGGGAAACAAAGCUGCUGAUCCCAUGGGACUCUGCAGCACAGGGAAUUUCUCCCUUUUUCUUUUUUAUUUCUUUUUUAUUUUUUUUUCAGGAGGGGGAGUUGUUCCCUCUCCUUUUUCUAAUCCUAAGGGCUGAGCCUUGCAGGGUGUGCUCAGCUCCAGAGUCCAUCCCGUCCUCCCAUCUCCUCGUCGUGUCUCUGGCAAAACCUGAACUCCACCUUGUUGUUUCCUCACCUGGGUUUUAAAGACUAUUUUCUAUCAUUUGAUGCAAAAAUGCUGAUGGACGCCCCUCGCAGGACCAGGCUGGGCACUGCCAGUCCCUGCCAAGCAGGGAAAAGGCUCAGUAACAACUGAAGGACU